CUCAGCUCAGUGCGAGUGACUCACAAGCUUGGAGCAACACUUCCCUCAGAUAUAACAAACUUCUGUCAUCUCCUUCCUGCAUCUAGAGCAAUGGCCACGACGGCAACGGCGUCGUUUUCGCUGACCAAGAUUGCUGGCUUCCCUCCUUCGUCUCCAACUCGGAGUUGUUCUAAGGUUUUGGCUGUAAAAGAAGGCCGUGGGAUAAGUGGUGGAAUGGCUGUGAAGGCCAGGUUUGGGUCUUCCAGAGGUGGAGCUGGAGUCUUGGAGCGCCCCAAGUUUGACCAAACCCAGUUCGACCCUUCUACCCAACUUCAAGAAGGAGGAGAUAUUGGACGACUGAAGGACAAGAGAGGUAUUGGAAGUGGAGAUAGUUACAGAGUUUUGCUGAUUGAUGAUGUCCAGCAUACUGAGAAAUUAGUUGCAAAGGUGUUGCCCCAAGCUGUUCCAUCUGUUACCCCUGAUGGGGCAAGAGAGCUGUUUCAUAAAUCGAGGGAAGAUGGCGUCGCAGUUGUUGUUGUUACAGUAAAGGAACACGCUGAGUUUUACUCCCAAAUGAUGAUACGCGGCGGGUUACGAUCAUCAAUCGAACCAGAUUCAAAUAGCUUAUGAAGUAGUCACCAUAAACUCUAGCAGCUGCAGCUUAACAGCUAUGUUUAAAAGUGGCCCAAUUUUGAAGUUAUAGUGGAAACAAAAUUUUGAAGAAGAGCAAACUGUCAGAUGACCUGAGUAUGUGAUAUUGUAUUUAUGUACUACAUUUUCAGCAAGAAUGAACAGAACUUAUCAGAAACUAUGGGAUGAAUGUAUUGUUUGCAUUGCAUGUUAAACCAUUGAUUAC